UGCGUACAGAACUGUGCCCGGCCUGCCGCAAGCAACGCGUUGAACGAGGAAGGGUGUACCGUUAAAAUAGUCUAUUUUAACGCUUAAUUUUCCUUCUAGGGCCUUCACAACCGACCGAAAACAUGUCAGGAGAUGAGAUGAUAUUUGACCCCACUAUGACCAAAAAGAAGAAGAAAAAGAAGAAGCCUUUCAUGCUUGAGGAAGAUGGAGGCGAGGGUGAUGAAUGCCAGCAACUGGAGACGAAAGAGAUGGAGGCUGAUGGAGGGGAGGAAAAAGAGAUAGAGUUUGAUGAAGAUGAGGGGAGGAAGAAAGAAACAUCAGAUGACCUGGACGACCUGAACUUCUUCAACCAGAAGAAAAAGAAAAAGAAAUCGAAAAAGGAAAAGAUUUUUGAUGCUGAGCUAGAAGAAGGAAUCAAGGAACUGAAGAUUGAAACAGAGCCACCAGAGGCGUUCGAGGACGAUGACUUAAUGCUGCCCGCUAAGAAAAAGAAAACAAGAAAAGUUAAAGAUUUCCAAGAGGACACAGACAGUCAGGGCAAAGAUGAUGGUGUUGAAGAUGAUGACUGUAAAAACAUAGAUGACAUAACAUUCAGCACACAGAUGGGUCCUGCUUGGGCGGGCUCAGAGAGAGACUACACAUAUGAUGAGCUUUUGAACAGAGUAUUUAACAUCAUGCGGGAAAAGAAUCCAGACAUGGUUGCAGGAGAGAAGAGGAAGUUUGUGAUGAAACCUCCUCAGGUUGUCCGAGUCGGCACAAAGAAGACUUCCUUUGUAAACUUCACAGACAUCUGCAAACUGUUGCAUCGACAGCCAAAACAUCUUUUGGCUUUUUUGCUUGCUGAGUUAGGUACAAGUGGGUCUAUAGACGGAAAUAAUCAGCUUGUCAUCAAAGGCAGAUUCCAGCAGAAACAGAUAGAGAAUGUCUUACGAAGAUAUAUAAAGGAAUAUGUGACAUGCCACACGUGUCGGUCUCCUGACACAAUCUUGCAGAAGGAUACACGUCUGUACUUCCUGCAGUGCGAGACGUGUCAUUCCCGAUGCUCAGUCGCCAGCAUCAAGACCGGCUUCCAGGCCGUGACGGGCAAGAGAGCACAGUUGCGUGCCAAAGCCAACUAAUGCCUGACCCUUUGCCGUCACCCGUGAUAUUCGGCCAACUUGAACACCUGUGUCCAUGGCCAAACUCAACAAAUCGACUCAAUUGCAGAUUUCACCAGAAUCUAAACUAGAACAUAGUUCUAAUAAAAUACAUAAAACCUCCAUUAUAGAAUUGCCUAUGCACAUGGAAAUAUAGAAUUUGCAGAGUCUUGAUUUGUUUAAUUUGGCUGUGUGAGCUUGCAGAGCUGUGAGAUAUUGAGGGAGAUCACGAGGCCUGGAGGAUUUUAUGAAUGAACUGUUGGUGAACUUAUUGUAUUACCUAAAAAAAUAAAAAAUGUAUACCAGCUGGGCAAACAUGUGCUGUGUACUUUUUUGGCAAAAGAACUAUUGCUUUGUUUUCUAGACAGUUUGGAUAUAAUUGAGAAAAAAAAGCAUCUUCACUUUAAAGGGAUAGUUCACCCAAAUAUUUUAAUUCUCAUAAUUCUCAUGCCAUCCCAGAUGUGUAUGACUUUCUUAAGCAGAACAGAAACAAAGAUUUUAUCAACAAUAUUUUAGCUCUGUAGGUACAAUGCAAGUGAAUGGUGGCCAUAAAUGUAAUCCAUAAGACUCCAGUGGUUAAAUCUGUCUUCUGAAGAGAUAUAAUCUGUUUUGAGUUAGAACAGAUAAAAAUAUAUCUGGUUUGGUCACUUUGGAAGACCACUGGGGUCAAUAUUAUGCUGCCUUUAUGUGCUUUUUGGAGCUUCAAAGUUUUGGUCACCAUUAAUUUGCAUUGUAUGGUCAUACACAGCUAAGAUAUAAUUAAAUUCUUGUUUGUGUUCAGUAGAAGAAAGUCAUACACAUCUGGGAUGGCAUGAGGGUGAGUAAAUGAGAGAAUUUGUCAUUUUUGGUAUGUAUAUUUGUAUAUUUGUUGUCUUAGAGUCCUGAAAAUGAACCUCUUGAAUAUUGUGUGAAUGUGAACAGAUCCAUAUUUUUAAUCUGAUAGAUGUAGUUUGUGAAGGCAUUUGAC